AUGUGUCUGUAUUCAAGUUCGCCGUACCACUCUUUUCACACUCCAUCCCUUUCAAGUUACGAGUAUACUCGUGACUCCUGGGCGACCGAUCUUAACCAGAUACGAGCCAAGGACAUUGACGCUGUCGCGCUCAACGUCGGACGUGAUUCCUGGCAACGGAGUCGCAUCGAAGAUGCCUAUAGCGUUGCUGCCGCGGUAGGCAUGUCCGUGUUCAUAUCUUUCGAUUAUACCUCUUUCGACUGCAGUGUGGACAACACUAUAAAAUGGGUUGAUUCAUUCAAAGGCUUACCAGCACAGUUCAAAGUCAAUGGUCGGCCAAUGAUAUCUAGCUACUCCGGAGAAUGUUUAGGCCCAGAUGGCUGGCAAACUAUACGUGCUAAGACCGGUGGUUUUCUGAUGCCAUUCAUCUAUGGGAAUGACGACCAGCAGUUCAAGAAGGGUUCGAGUUAUGGAUUUUUGGAUUCCUGGUACUGCUGGGGUUGUGCUUGGCCUCAGGGUAAUUAUAACAAGACAACUGGUGAUGAUCACUAUUGUGCGUUGGCCGCACCUUCUACUCCACCUUUCAACAGAUAUGCCACCACCGUCAGUAGUUGGUUGUACACCCAUUAUAACUACAAGAACUUUUAUCUUCGCGGUGACGAAUGGCUACUUAUCACUCGAUGGGAACAGCUUAUAUCUAUGCGGGACCAGCUGACGUUCGUCGAGAUGGUGACCUGGAACGAUUACGGUGAAUCUGAUUACUUCGGUCCUGGGCCUUCUUCAUCAGAUUUGCAACCCUAUGGUACCACCUGGGCUGACGGCUUUCCGCAUAAUGGGUUCUUCGACCUUUCCGCUUACUAUAUCGCCGCUUUCAAGACAGGCACGUACCCAAAAAUCACGAAAGACACGAUUUACUUCUGGCUACGCCCUCAUCCAGCUGGUAUCAAUGCGAAUAAGGACCCGUUGCCCAAGCCUGAAGGUUGGGAUUGGACUUCGGACACUCUUUGGGCAGCAGUGUUCUGCUCGUCGACUUGCAACGUCACCCUUCAAGUCGGAGCUUACUCGCAAGAUUUCAAUAAUUUGCCUCACGGGGUCAACAAGAUUAGUAUUCCGUUGAAAGCUCUCGGGUUCGUAACAGUGAAGAUGAGCAGGAAUGGCCAGCAGGUAAUCAACCAUACUCCGAGUGAUUUCCAGUACCGGGAAUCCAUAGAUCACUGUUCGUAUUUUCGUGCUUGAUACGUGCUGUCCUUGCGUUAAUCGUCUGUCUGUUCAGACAAUUAUAACGCUUAUGUUGGCUCUGCCAGUACGUCGUCGCCAGUCUCAAUCCGACUGCUCUGCUAACUUUCUUCAUUUUCAGGCGCCAAUAUUUAGAACUGCCAAAGUGGUCUCCCCGGACCUCUUGCCUUUCAUCUCCCUUUCGCUUUAGAAGCUAAGGUCUUCACCUGUGUAGCCACUUGAGUUUAUAUAUUUGAAACAUACCAGUACCACGCAG